GAAGGGAUCGAGAGGGCUGUGCUGCAGGAAUGACCCUAAUGAUGCUCUGGUCUGGACAGGCGAAGGGAGUCCUGGGAAGCUGGGGGAUCAUCUGCUUGGUGAUAUCUCUGCUCCUCCAGCAGCCAGGAGUCCACAGCAAGUGCUACUUUCAAGCUCAAGCCCCCUGCCACUAUGAAGGGAAAUAUUUUAGCCUCGGUGAGUCUUGGCUCCGCAAGGACUGUUUCCAUUGUACCUGUCUGCAUCCCGUCGGUGUGGGCUGCUGUGACACGUCUCAGCAUCCCAUCGACUUCCCCGCGGGGUGUGAGGUACGUCAGGAGGCAGGAACCUGUCAAUUCUCCCUGGUGCAAAAAUCUGACCCUCGGCUGCCCUGCAAAGGGGGAGGGCCUGACCCCGAAUGGGGCUCAGCCAACACCCCUGCCCCUGGGGCCCCUGCUCCCCACUCCAACUAAACUCAACCGAUCACCCUUCCGCUAACUGCCCACUGCUGCUGCCACUUCCAAGGAAACCACUAGCAGCUGCCAAUUUAUUCUGAAUAAAUAAAUUAAUGCUACAGCUAAAA